AUGGAGCUUCUUCUGGUGUGUUUCUGUCUCCUGACUGGCUCUGAAGUAACGUUUGGUGCUGAAAACGGGACAACCGACAUAGUGGGAGAAGGAAGUGACGUCACUUUACCCUGUUCACUCAGCAGAAGGCAGAGCAUUACACGAGAGAAGUUUGUGUGGAGGAAAGAUGGUGGUCAGGUGUUCCUGUAUGAUGCUGGAGAUCAUUCUUAUCGCACUAAUACAGGUCAAAGUCAGCAGUUCAAAGGACGAGUCAGACAUUUUCCAGAUAAACUGAAGUCAGGCGACGCUUCCAUAAUCAUCAGAGAUACGAAGGUGGAUGACAGUGGAGAAUACACCUGUGAAUUUCCAGAUCUUCAGCCAAGACAAAUAUUCUACGCGAAGCUUAUUGUUUAUGUUGAAGCAAAGCCGUCUGUCGAGAUACUUAAUCAAACAACAGAUGGGAUUGAACUGUUGUGUGAAGUUCAAGGAGCUUUUCCAAAACCUGAAUUACACUGGCAGGACGGAGCUGGAAACAAACUUCCUGCUAAAGAAAUGCUGAUGUCAGACGCAGGAAGACUCUUCUACAUCUACCUCCGAACUACUGUGACCAAGGCCGACUACUAUCGCUGUGUUGCUACAUAUGGGGAAAUCAACCAUCAGUCUCAUGCUGAGACAUACGUGCGUUUCCCUGGGCUCACAGAUGGACAGAUAGCUGGUAUAGUUAUCGCUGCUGUUGCUGUUGGUAUUGUUCUCGUUGUGUUCAAACAGUGGGCUUUUAGGAAAAGACCACCAGCCCCGACCGCUGCGGUCCCUCUGUGAUGAUGAAACAGCCGGACUGCUAACUGAGAAAACAGACGGAGGAGAUGUUGAUGAAACCAGUUUACCAUUCAUGCCUUUAAAUGGAAACCAGCCAACAGCUGCAGUCUCUCCAGUCUGACAACGUGCCUUACUGCAGCAAGACCAGAAAACUAAAUGCCCAAAAACCAGAGAACAGAACAGUCUCAGCUGCCUGAACCUUAAACUGGAGUUCUUCAUAACUACAGUCUCACACAUUUUACGUAUUUCUUCUUUAACUUUUUCAAGUUAUCUGCAGGGACUUCAUGAAUCAGAGUUUGGAGCUGUAUAAA